AACUCAAUCAUAUGAUGUGAUAUAUUUCACAACAACAAUCACAAAAAAAAAGAAGAAAAAAAAACAACAACGAGAGAAUAUAUAGUUGUGGCGGCGGUGCAAUCGUCUGAUCUCAGACUCAAGAAAUCAAAGAAGAGUAUUUUUGUUAAGAUUUUUUUAUAAAUCAUUAGUGUAUCAUUAUUCCACAUUUCAAGAGUGCAAAGAAACUUGAGAGAAGUCUAAGUCAUAUUUCCAAAUAAAAAAAAAAAUUAGUUCAAAAGGUAAUUGAAGUACCAAAAAAAAGCACACAAUUCAUGCUUUCAAAGCAAGCACUGGUCAUCCCUUCAAACAUUAGCAUCUUAUUCUUAAAGACAUACUUGAAGUCUGGUGACCUUCAAAGUGCACGUCAACUGCUUGAUAAAAUUCCCCAACCAGACCUCCGUUCACUUUCUCUCUUGAUUUCAGCUUACACUGAUCAUGGACGUCCUAGAGAAGCCAUCAGUAUCUAUUCCAAGUUGCAUAGUGAGAAAAAUCUCAAGCCAGAUGGAUUUGUGUUGCUCUCUCUUGCCAAAGCUUGUGCUGCUUCUGAGGACCUAGUUAAGGCAAUGGAAAUACACAGGGAUGUCAUUAGAUAUGGGUUUUCAUUGGACCUGCCAUUGGCUAACUGUUUGAUUGACAUGUAUGGUAAAUGUGGAUGUGUCGAAGGAUCGUGGAAAGUGUUCGAUGAAAUGCCUGAUAAGGAUGUUGUGUCUUGGACUACAGUGAUUUCAUCUUAUUUGAAUUGUGGGAUGACAAGUAGUGCACUUGGACUGUUUAAUGAUAUGGUGUUUGUGGGAGCGAAGCCGAAUUCAGUGACUUUGUCGAAGGUACUUCCCGCUUGUUCAGAACUUAGAGCUCUUAAUCCUGGCAGGGAAAUACAUUGUUUUGCUAUGAGAAAAGGAUUAGAUGACAAUGUGUUUGUGAGUAGUGGUCUUGUGGAUAUGUAUGCUAAAUGCUCGAGUGUCAGCAAAGCGAGGAUUAUAUUCAAUAGGAUCCCGGAAAAGGAUGUGGUUUCAUGGAAUGUGAUUUUGGCUGCUUAUUUUCUCAAUGGAGAACAUCAAGAAGGCAUGAAUCUAUUCAAGCAAAUGAAAGAUGAAGGUGCGAGAGUGAACUCAUCCUCAUGGAAUUGCAUGAUUAGUGGCUGUGUAAACACGGGGAAUUUUAAGCUUGCAUUUGAUAUCUUAUCUCAAAUGCAACAUUUUGGUCUCAAAUGCAACAAAGUAACAUUAGCAUCAAUAUUACCGGCAUUCACUGGUCCGGAGAGUUUGAUGUUUGGUAGAGAAUCACAUGGCUACAUUAUUAGACACGACUUUGAGAAAGACGUAAUGCUAAUGACUGCAAUUCUACUUAUGUAUGCGAAAUGCGGGGAUUUGGAGAAGUCUAGGAAGGUAUUUGACGCAAUGACUACAAAAGAUACGGUGACUUGGAACACUAUGAUAUUUGCAAAUUCGAUGCAUGGUUGCGGUGAUGAAGUAUUAUCGCUUUUCAAGAGAAUGAUACAACUUGAUGUGAGACCAACCCCUGUUACAUUCAUGGCUGUUUUAUCAGGUUGCAGUCACUCACAUCUUGUUGAUGAAAGCCGGGAAAUCUUCAAUUCAAUGAGCAGAGAUUACGGGAUUGAGCCCGAUACCAAUCAUUAUGCUUGCAUUGUCGAUGUCUUGAGCCGUUCCGGUUACCUGAAAGAAGCAUAUGAGUUCAUCCAAAGCAUGCCAAUGCAGCCUACAGUUGGUGUGUGGGGAGCUUUGCUUAGUGGCUGUAGAGAGUAUAAGAAUGUCGAGUUCGGUAAGAUUGCUGCUGAGAAAUUGUUUGAAAUUGAACCGGAGAAUUCAGGCGACAAACACACCAGAGAGAUAUACACAUGUGAGAAGCAAGACUCAAGUCAUCAUCUACGUAAGACAUAA